UUAUUUUUUUUCAAGGCCUUGCUUUGAAAUAGACUAUUUAUCUGAAAGCAGGAUGAUUUAUGAAACAAGUCAAUCCAGACUGGUGAGAGGAUAUCAAAGCCUCAUUACCAUCAGAACCAAGAGAAAGACAGGAUGAGCACUUCAGGAAAAGUGAUUAAAUGCAAAGCUGCUGUAGUGUGGGGCCUGAAGCAACCCUUUUCCAUUGAGGAAGUGGAAGUUGCCCCACCCAAAGCCUAUGAAGUUCGAGUUAAGAUUUUGGCUACAGGCAUAUGUCGCACAGAUAACAAUGCGACCAUAGGAGCCAUGCCUGCUAAGUUUCCAGUAAUUCUGGGACAUGAAGCAACUGGAAUCAUAGAAAGUAUUGGAGAAGGAGUAACUACACUGAAACCAGGAGACAAGGUAAUCCCACUUCCUGUCCCACAGUGUGGAUUUUGCCCUGGCUGCAUAAGUCCCCAUUCUAAUUACUGUGAGAAGAUUGAUAUUAUAGGUAGGGGAGUAUUGGCUGAUGGCACGAGCAGAUUUACCUGCAAGGGCAAACCGGUCUACCACUUCAUGAACACCAGUACCUUCACUGAGUACACAGUGGUGGAGGAAUGUGCAGUUGUGAAAAUUGAUGCUGCUGCUCCUCCUGAGAAGGUCUGUUUGUUUGGCUGUGCAUUCUCCACUGGAUAUGGGGCUGCAAUCAACACUGCCAAGGUCACCCCUGGAUCUACUUGUGCUGUCUUUGGUCUGGGAGGAGUUGGCCUCUCAAUUAUUAUAGGAUGUAAAGUAGCUGGAGCUUCCCGGAUCAUUGCAAUUGACAUCAAUCCACGCAAAUUUGAGAAAGCCAAGGCAGUAGGAGCCACUGAGUGCAUCAACCCUAAGGACUACACCAAGCCCAUCAGUGAAGUGCUGAAGGAGAAGACUGGCAAUUCUGUGGAGUACACCUUUGAGGCCAUUGGACACCUUGAUACCAUGAUCGAUGCCCUGGCUUCCUGCCAUAAGAACUAUGGGACUAGUGUGGUAGUAGGCGAUCCUCCAUCAUCUACAAUGCUAACCUAUGACCCCAUGCUGCUGUUCACUGGACGCACCUGGAAAGGAUGUAUUUUUGGUGGUUGGAAAACCAGAAAUGACCUCCCAAAACUAGUGUCUGACUUCAUGGCAAAGAAAUUUGACCUGGACCAAUUAAUCACCCAUGUUUUACCUUUUAAUAAAAUCAAAGAUGGAUUCAGUUUGCUCAACAAAGGAGAAAGCAUUCGAACAGUCCUGACUUUUUGAACUCUGAAGUGAUGGGAAGUACACGUGGACUCAUCAGUGGUCUCUUUGUCUGAUAUUUCAUUUUCAUACAAUAACCAUAGAGUGUGUAUGGCUCUUUCAUGUGGGUAAAACACAAGACAGAAAUUAAGCAUGUUGGAAAAAAUAAACACAAUUUCUUAAAUAAGGGCUUAACAUUUUCACUAACAUAAUUUAAUUCACCUGGGAUAGUAGUAGGGUGCUACUAGGAUUGUUAGCAUUUAAUCUGAAUAAAGUGGUUUAUAUUGGACUAGAUUAUCAGGUAAAGGUGUAGGCUCUUCUUACAUUUUACUGAAUUAGAAAUGUUUAGGGCAAUGAUAAUAUCCAAAUUAAUAAGAACUUAAAGGACUACUCCUGGAAUUCUAACCAUCUAUUUCAAAUGAGCUGCCCAAGACAUAUGAGAUGUUACUGUAAUGCCUUAAACCAGAUGUUAUCUUUUAUAUAAAAUAUUGACAAUGAAUAUCUUGUAAAGACUUUUCAAGUUUAUGCAUACAUAUAAUAUAUAUGUAUAUACACACAUAUACAUAUGUGUACAAAAGUUAUGCACAUAUGAAUAUAUACAUUAUAUAUGAGACAAAAAGCCUAUCUGAAUAUAAAUACUUUUUAGUAUAUCUUUUAAAAAGAAAUUGAAGUAAUUAAGUAAAACAGUUCAUUUUUCAUAUGAUAUCAUUUACCUGCUUCAAUUAAGAAAUAUGAAUGUAUAUUUGAAAGAAAACACAACAUUCAUUUCAAUUCAACAAGCACUUAUCUGGUAUGUUCUAUGCACUCUACUGUACUGGGCAUUGGGAAUACAAAAGCAAACAACAACAACAAUAAUUCCUGCCUUCAAGGAGUUGACAAUAUUUUCUUACAUUUCCAAUAUUUUUGUAAUUUAUUUCAAGAAAAAUUAUCAAAUAACUUGAUGUAGACUCUACUAUGAUUGUAGAAUGGGAAAAGAGAUUAGACCAAGACAGAGUGUCAAAGUUUAGGGAAAAAAAUGUGCCUUUUUGCUAUUUUGAAAUAAAUGAUAAAAAUAUAUUCCAAAUCCCAUUUUGACAAUUUCCAAAUAAAUGUGCAGUUCAGUUUUAAUAAAGCCAAUUCUAUAUUGAUAUUGCUUUGUUGAUAUGGUUGUAAGUUCUUCUGAAAGAUAAAUUACAUUUAUUUUCUUUUAAACAUUUUCUUUAUUUUCUUUUUAAUUUAUGAAAUAAAACAAGCAUUUCUGUAACAGUAGAAUUUUUAAAAAAGUGAUUAUACAUGAAACUGCAAAUCUAUU